AUGCUUCCACGCAGGCAGGACCACGGGAAGAGAAGGAGCGACGGCGUGCGGAGCGGCUCCGUUGUGAACUUCAGGAGCGCGGGGAGCCCGGGCUCCGUCCGCCGCAGCUCCGCCGUGCUGCCCUCGGUGCUAACCUUCCUGGUGAUCGUAGCCUCCGGAGGCCUGCUGCUCAUGAUAGAGAAAGGAAUGCUGAACAGCGUGGAGACACCUUCUCCCCGGGGCAGCGCAAGGCGGCUGGAGCUCGUCGGCGAGACCCGAAAACGCGGUGCAGAUGGCGCGGACGUGGACUCCCAGAUCCUCCAGGAGAUCCGCAACCGCACCAUCAGGACCAUGUGCAGCCAGAAGAACAUGCCCCACAGCAUCUGGUCCCUGAGCCCCCUGCAGAGGAAGACGGUGCUGCAGCACAUCCUGGUGAACGACGAGUACCGCUUCCUCUACUGCUACGUCCCCAAAGUGGCCUGCUCCAACUGGAAGAGAGUCCUGAAGGUCCUGAGCGGAGCCUUGGAGAGCGUGGACGUCAACAUCAAGAUGGAUCACCGCAGCGACUUGCUGUUUCUAUCCUCCCUGAAGCCGGAGGAAAUCCGCUACCGCCUCAAGCACUACUUCAAGUUCAUGUUCGUGCGGGAGCCCAUGGAGCGGCUGCUCUCCGCCUACAGGAACAAGUUCGGAGAGAUCGAAUCCUACCAGAAAAAGUACGGAGCGGAGAUCGUGCAGCGCUACAGGAAGGGCCGUGCCAAGGAUGCGUCCGUGAUGGGAGACGACGUGACCUUCGGAGAGUUUGUCCGUUACUUGUUGGACGAGGACGUGGAGCGCAUGAACGAGCACUGGAUGCCGAUUUACAACUUGUGCCAGCCCUGCGCCGUUUCUUAUAACUUCAUAGGCUCCUAUGAGCACCUUGGAAGGGACUCGGCGUACGUGCUCCAGCGCAUCGGCGCGCCACCGUUCGUCAACUUCCCGGAGAGGCAAACAUGGUACAAGCCUGUCACCACACAAACGUUACACUAUUACUUGUGCACUUUGCCGCAGAAGCUACUCAGGGAACUUCUGCCGAAGUACAUUUUAGACUUCUCUCUGUUUGCUUACCCCCUGCCAAACACAACCACUGAGCACUGCCGGCAUUAAUAGAUGUUCCGUUUCCUGGUUUUUAAAUGUUUAUAUAUAUAUAUAUAGAAAUUCAUUUUGUAUUAUUUUUAUUCCUAAGGGAAAAAAGAGUAUUUUGAGAGAUAUUAAACAUGUACUUCUGAUGUCACACCAACCACUAAAGUUUCAAAAAUGAACAGACGAGAAAAAGGUCACUGAAACUUGAACUGUUACAGUAAAUAGGUCACAAUAGACUAAAACACAGUUUCAGCUAAAGUUCAUUACAGGCAUGAAUCUUAGUAAUUUAGUUAUUUUAAUGACCAGUAGUUUGAACUGUUAUUAUUGUCAGGUUGGAAUGAUGAAGCAACAUUCAACUUCAAAGAAAGAUCAAACAAACGUAAUAUAUAAAAUCAACGAGCUGUGGUGAAAUAUCUGGCUGGAUAUUUGACCAUUCUUCUAACAUGGAGUGUUAAAAGUGGUUUUCUGGCAUCAAUCUGACAUUAACAUUGUCUGAAAACUGUCAGUAGGUCUGAGGUUGGAUUAUUGUACUGUGAGAAAACCCACUUAUGUCUUAGUUUCAAACAUUUUGUUGAAUUGAGGUGAAGUUUGAAGGUAGUUCACCUUUCAUCAGUAAUCCAUCUAAUUUGUGCAAUGUACCAGUACCCUUCAAAAUCAUUCUACCAUUUCUGUUAAGAGGACCAGCAGUAUACCAGAACCAACUUGAUGGCUGCAUCUACCCUGUCGCCAAGGUGCAGCUUGCUAAGAGACAUUUCACCAAAUUUUAUGGGAUGCAUUUUGUACAACUGUGAACAUGCGUAGAUUAGAAAAAAACCCUAAAAGUUCAGAUUUUUUUUUUUUGCACCUAAUUCUGUUCUAAAAUUCAUUUUGGUGCAUGUUGUGUUACAAACCCUCUGCCAAAAACUAAAUUACAUAACUUUUAUACUUUUAACUCAAUCUAAUGUUCUAAUCUUGGAUGGCGAUGUCCCUCCCCUCUUACUUCGCACGGAGCAUUAAACUGUUUACCAUCCAUC